AUGUCUCCUAACAUGAACCGCUCGGCGCUCUUGUGCCUUCUUCUGGCCGUUGGCCCCGCCACUGUCCUGUCCGCUCCUCAGACCCAGGGCUUGGCCAUGCCUGGCUCUACCGGCUCUAGCGGCAUCCUGCCCGGCCUGGGUGACACUGGCAACACCACCCCGACGACUGGCAACACCGAAGAAGACGCCGGCAGCGGCUUCAGCGUCGGCAUCCCCGGCGGCCCAGGCGUGCACUUCGGCGCCGGCGUCCACAAGGUCCAGCAUGGGCCCUGCGGCCCUGGCUACAGUGAGGCCAAGCACGCCGGCAGUGGCUUCCGCGUUGGAAUCCCCGGCGGCCCGGGCGUUGCUUUCGGCGCCCACGCCGAUGAGGCUCACCAGGCCGUCCCCUGCGCGGAGCCUUCGCCUGUGGUUGUUACUCCGCCCGUGGUUGUUACUCCCAUCGUCAUCCCCUCCACCACCCCCGCGCCGGUCUAUGUCGCACCCCCCGCGCCUGUCCACUCCACCCCGUUGAUCUCACACCCUGCGCCCUCUGCUAAGCCCUCCAUGCCUGUGUACAACGCCGGGUCGUCGCUUGUGCCGGGCUCUGGGGUCCUAGCUGUCGCCCUUCCCAUCAUUCUGGGCCUGUUCUAA